AUGGCGAAUGCACCACAUCCAGCUUUAUCUCUACCAAAACCUUUGGGCCUGCCGCUCGCUCCUGAUGCUCUCGAUCUCAUCAAUUCCUACCUCAAGGACUUGACGCCAGAAGAGAUCCUGAAGUGGGCAAUUGGCUACGUUCCGGGGUUGUACCAAACAACGGCAUUUGGCCUCACUGGCCUCGUUGCGAUCGACAUGCUUUCCAAGAUAACAAGCACCCCUCCGCCCCUGAUAUUCCUCGACACACUCUACCACUUUCCUGAAACAUACGACCUGGUGGAAGAGGUUAAACAACGGUACACCGUCCCCGUGCAUGUCUACAAGCCAGAGGGAUGUGAAACAGUGCAAGAUUUCGAGCGGAAAUAUGGCGAGCGACUAUGGGAGAAUGAUGAGGACACUUACGACUACGCUGUGAAGGUAGAACCUGCAAAACGAGCAUACGAAGCUCUCGGGGUCAAAGCCGUAAUUACUGGCCGGCGUUCAUCUCAGGGUGGGGAUCGAGCAUCGUUGCAGCCGUUAGAAGUCGAUAGUACUGGCUUGCUCAAGCUUAACCCACUCUUCUCAUGGAACUUCCAUUUCGUCGAAUGGUACAUCACGCAAAACGCCGUUCCUCGCAACAAGCUACUUGAUCAGGGGUAUAAGAGCAUUGGUGAUUGGCAUAGCACGUCGAAAGUUGCGGAUGGUCAAGACGAAAGAGCAGGACGAUGGGCAGGCAAGGAGAAGUCAGAGUGUGGUUUACAUAAGGAUUACUUUGUGAUGAAAGCCAAGGCGAAGCCUUGA